AUGAUGAAAGCUGACAUGGAUGUUGAUGCUGAAAAUCAGAAGGAACUGGAGGAAAAAGCACGCAUUAAUUAAGUGUUGGAACUCCAACACACACUUGAAGAUCUCUCAGCAAGAGUAGAUGCAGUUAAGGAAGAAAACCUGAAGCUAAAAUCAGAAGACCAUGUUUUUGGACAAUAUAUAGAAAACCUCAUGUCUGCUUCUAGUGUUUUCCAAACAACUGACAUGAAAAGUAAAAGAAAGUAA